CCUGCGCACUGACAGCUGGCCGGGCGCUCGCGGUGGGAGCUGCUGCAGGCUCCGCCGCGGCGGAGGCAACGGAGGUUGCGGGGGCGGCGGAGCGAGCGGCCGGGCUUCGGGGGGGAGCCGAGCCCGGCCCGAGAGCCCGAGCAGUGAGAGUGCGGCGUAUUUAGGCCCCUCACGCUGGAUUCCACAGUCUCCGGGCCGCCUGACCUCCGCACGGGUAUAUGGGAUGGAAGCGGGGCCCUCGGGAGCAGCUGCGGGCGCCUACCUGCCCCCCCUGCAGCAGGUGUUCCAGGCGCCUCGCCGGCCUGGCAUUGGCACUGUGGGGAAACCAAUCAAGCUCCUGGCCAAUUACUUUGAGGUGGACAUCCCUAAGAUCGACGUCUACCACUACGAGGUGGACAUCAAGCCAGAUAAGUGUCCCCGCAGAGUUAACCGGGAAGUGGUGGAAUACAUGGUCCAGCAUUUCAAGCCUCAGAUCUUUGGUGAUCGCAAGCCUGUAUAUGAUGGAAAGAAGAACAUUUACACUGUCACAGCACUGCCCAUUGGCAACGAACGGGUGGACUUUGAGGUGACAAUCCCUGGGGAAGGGAAGGAUCGAAUCUUUAAGGUCUCUAUCAAGUGGUUAGCCAUUGUGAGCUGGCGCAUGCUGCAUGAGGCCCUGGUCAGUGGCCAGAUUCCUGUUCCCUUGGAGUCCGUGCAAGCCUUGGAUGUGGCCAUGAGGCACCUGGCAUCCAUGAGGUACACCCCCGUGGGCCGCUCCUUCUUCUCACCGCCUGAGGGCUACUACCACCCGCUGGGGGGUGGGCGCGAGGUCUGGUUCGGCUUUCACCAGUCUGUGCGCCCUGCCAUGUGGAAGAUGAUGCUCAACAUUGAUGUCUCAGCCACUGCCUUCUACAAGGCACAGCCGGUGAUUGAAUUCAUGUGUGAGGUGCUGGACAUCAGGAACAUAGAUGAGCAGCCCAAGCCCCUCACAGACUCUCAGCGUGUUCGCUUCACCAAGGAGAUCAAGGGCCUGAAGGUAGAGGUGACCCACUGUGGACAGAUGAAGAGGAAAUACCGUGUGUGUAAUGUUACCCGUCGCCCUGCUAGCCAUCAGACGUUUCCCUUACAGCUGGAGAGUGGACAGACUGUGGAGUGCACAGUGGCACAGUAUUUCAAGCAGAAAUAUAACCUUCAGCUCAAGUAUCCCCACCUGCCCUGCCUGCAAGUUGGCCAGGAACAAAAACAUACCUACCUGCCCCUAGAGGUCUGUAACAUUGUGGCUGGGCAGCGCUGCAUCAAGAAGCUGACUGACAACCAGACGUCGACUAUGAUAAAGGCUACAGCUAGGUCGGCUCCAGACAGACAGGAGGAGAUCAGCCGCCUGAUGAAGAAUGCCAGCUACAACCUAGAUCCCUACAUCCAGGAAUUUGGGAUCAAAGUGAAGGAUGACAUGACGGAGGUGACAGGGAGAGUGCUGCCGGCGCCCAUCUUGCAGUACGGCGGCCGGGUGAGCAGGAACCGGGCCAUUGCGACACCCAAUCAGGGUGUCUGGGACAUGCGGGGAAAACAGUUCUACAACGGGAUUGAGAUCAAAGUCUGGGCCAUCGCCUGCUUCGCACCUCAAAAACAGUGUCGAGAAGAGGUGCUCAAGAACUUCACAGACCAGCUGCGGAAGAUUUCCAAAGAUGCAGGGAUGCCCAUCCAGGGCCAGCCUUGCUUCUGCAAAUAUGCGCAGGGGGCAGACAGCGUGGAGCCCAUGUUCCGGCAUCUCAAGAACACCUACUCUGGGCUACAGCUCAUUAUCGUCAUCCUGCCAGGGAAGACGCCAGUGUAUGCUGAGGUGAAACGUGUUGGAGAUACACUCUUGGGAAUGGCUACGCAGUGUGUGCAGGUGAAGAAUGUGGUCAAGACCUCGCCUCAGACUCUGUCUAACCUCUGCCUCAAGAUCAACGUCAAACUUGGUGGCAUUAACAACAUCCUAGUCCCACACCAGCGCUCUGCCGUCUUUCAACAGCCAGUGAUAUUCCUGGGAGCAGAUGUUACACACCCCCCAGCAGGGGAUGGGAAAAAACCCUCUAUCACAGCAGUGGUAGGCAGCAUGGAUGCCCAUCCCAGCCGUUACUGUGCUACUGUACGGGUGCAGCGACCACGGCAGGAGAUCAUUGAAGACUUGUCUUACAUGGUGCGUGAGUUGCUAAUCCAGUUCUACAAGUCUACCCGCUUCAAGCCUACCCGCAUCAUCUUCUACCGAGAUGGGGUUCCUGAAGGCCAGCUCCCCCAGAUCCUCCACUAUGAGCUGCUGGCCAUUCGUGAUGCCUGUAUCAAACUGGAAAAGGAUUACCAGCCUGGCAUCACUUAUAUUGUGGUCCAGAAACGCCAUCACACCCGCCUUUUUUGUGCUGACAAGAAUGAGCGAAUUGGGAAGAGUGGUAACAUCCCAGCUGGGACUACUGUGGACACCAACAUCACCCACCCAUUUGAGUUUGACUUCUACCUGUGCAGCCAUGCAGGCAUCCAGGGUACCAGCCGACCAUCCCAUUACUAUGUCCUUUGGGAUGACAACCGUUUCACAGCGGAUGAGCUCCAGAUCUUGACAUAUCAGCUGUGCCACACUUAUGUACGAUGUACACGCUCCGUCUCUAUCCCAGCACCUGCCUACUAUGCCCGCCUGGUGGCUUUCCGGGCACGGUACCACCUGGUGGACAAGGAGCAUGACAGCGGAGAGGGGAGCCACAUAUCUGGGCAGAGCAAUGGGCGGGACCCUCAGGCCCUGGCCAAAGCCGUGCAGGUUCACCAGGAUACUCUGCGCACCAUGUACUUUGCUUGAAGGCAGAACGCUGUUACCUCACUGAAGGGAAGAAAGCUUUCCAAGCCCCAGGAGCUGUGCCACCCGAAUCCAGAGGAAGCAGGAAGGAGAGGGGGGUGGGUAGGGAGGAAUGUAGGAGGUCUUGUUUCCUUCUAUAGAGGGGGUGAAAGGGUGGGGGAAUAGGGCCAGUAAGCCAGACCACCAGCCAGAAACUUCUGACAUCCACCUCACGCCCCCCACCCCUCACCCCAUCUUGUCACAUCUGGCCCUGACCCCACUGGACCAAGAGGGGCAGCACCGGUGCCCACCAUACACACAGGUGUCUCAUGUGACUCACAGUGCUAAAGACUCAUGCCUGACAGCUUGGUAAGGUCGGCUCUGCAGCCCUGCGGACAAAAGCUGGUAGGUUUGGGUUUGAUACUUUAGAUGGGAAAGAGAGGGGCUUGGGAAAGUGGGUGGGAGGAGGGAAGGUUUUUUUAGGAGCCUUAAUCAGAAAAGGUCUAGAUUUGUUUAAGAAGAAAAAUGAAACAAGACCCAGAUCAAUAUUUUAGCAUACUAGAUGUUUUAAUGGGUUUAGAAUCCAGUUUGUAGGAAGAUUUUUAAUGCUAAUGGUUUUGGUUGCUCCUUCCCCAGCUGCCACCUCCCCUCCUUUCCCUUAAUCCUCUCUUUCUGCCUUUUUCUACCCUACCUUACACCUCCCCCCUCACAGACAUACAACCCCUAGUAAGACUUAAGGCACUAUGGCACUUAGCCCUGAAGUGACACGACCCUGUCUUCCUUCCGCCUGCUGGUGGGUAACCAGUGCCUUCCCUAUAACGGUAAUGCUGCAGAACUGCAACCUUUUGUACCUUUCUUUUGGGGGAUGGGGUGAGGGUGGGAGAGGAGGUAGGUGGGGAAGAAAUACUCCUAACUCAACAAGCCUCCUGCCAGAGCGCCAGCUGUUUUGGAGGAAUUGACUUCCACCUUCAUUGAGCUUUUAAAAAGAUCACAACCUCAAGAUGGUUAAAAUCCAUUGACAUUUGCACUUUCACACAUGACAAGGUUUGGAGCUGCUGAGAUGACCGGCCCCUGGCCUUUCUAUGUAAUGCCUCCUCCUUUCCCUUUCCCCACGCCUCCCACCCUGGCCGGGUCUGGAGUUAUUCUCAAAGCAUUUUUCAUUCUUGGCUUCUUUUUAUCUCUGAUGGUCAAGUCUCUUAUGUUUCAAUAUUUCUUAAUUGGGGUAUCUUAUAACAAAAGAUCCUUAGGUCUAAGACAAGAAAAAAGAGAGAAAACUAAACGUUAUUUUUAUACCAUAACUUGAGUCUAUUGCCAAAAUCUGGAUAUUCCUUCCAUGCCCACCGAGUUUACAUCCCAGAAACAUUGAGCCAUCAGAAGGAGCUGAGUAUCUAACUUGUUCUCUGGCCUAGCUAGGUGGGGGAUGGCUAUCUCUCCAAAUGGGGCUCAGGCUCCUUCCUUCCUAUGUGCAGAUACCACCUUUUACUUGCUGCAGGCUCCCUCCACUGCACUGCCCUACACUCUUUCCUGCCAGUGCAUCUUUCCUUCCUCUGGACUGUCCUCUGACACUUUGGCUAAUCCCAGAUUCCAGCACAUCCUGUGGAUGGGCUGUGGGAUUUGCUGCUCCCUAUUGCCUCUGUUUACACAAAUGAAUUUUUCCUGGUUUCCCACUAGGGCAUGUGAGUGGGUGGCAUGGGCUUUUUUUUUUUUUUUUUAUCUCUAAGACUGGAGAGUUAGGGGGUUCUAGCUGGUGCCUGCUGGCUUUGAGGCAAGGCCCCCUCUUUCCUUGACUGUAUAUUUUUUCCUGCCCCACUGCUUGGGAUGGGGAGUUGCAGCUGCAAUGUGGAAAUACCUCUUUUUGAGGAGCCUUGGCUUGGGUUUGCCCCAAUCUGGUGUUGAAGCCAUGACACUUUAGACCUAGCCCAGGAUUGGAGGCUAGCCAGAGGAAGGCCGGUUUGAACCCUGGCCUGUGUUAGAACUAUUCUUUCCCCUUCCCAGCACCCGUGUACAGACCCAGAUUUGCUAUGCAAAACAGUCUAUCCCAGGUUCUGUUCUGGUUGGCUACAUUGUUCAGUAACUUCACAAAACGUAGCACAAACUUUCAUUAUGGAGAAGGCAUCAGGACUGUUGAGUAACUCCUCCUUUACUUCUUUCCUACUUGCUACAGCAUGGGUGGCCCCAUGGGCACAAACCCAGCUGAAGAACAGAAUGGAGGGCCCUAGGAGGAGGCAGCUCACCGGAGAGCCUACAUUCCUUACACAAGUGCCUAAAGAGAGUGAUGCUAACACUCCAUCUGCCCUGUCCAUCACUUUCAUAUCCUGUCUACUUCAUGUUCAGUCACCCUUUUGGGGAGGGGAGCUCUCCUGGAACAGUGGGCUCUUCUUGGGUGCAUUUUAGAGCUGAGAUCAGGACACCAUUCUUGGAGGGUCCAGUCAUUCACCAGCAUUUGCAAAUGUCCAUAAGGAGCAGGUGGCAGCCACCUACUCCUAGCAACAAGUUUAUGUUCUCUCCUUUUUUCUCUUUGCCUCACUCUUUCCAGUUGGGUUUUGAGCUGGGGCUUGAAAUGCAUUUUUAGCUCUUUUGGCAUUGCACAUGCCAUCCAAGAAAUAAAGGCAAGAGGAGCAGCUUGAGCAAUAGCAAGAAAAUGACUCCUUGCUUUGACUUUUUAAAAAAAUCUUUGAGACUUAAAAAACACCCUUGUCACUGAGGAUUAUUCUUGUUUGAAUGGUGGUGCUUGCUGAUUGAGAAGUAGUAUUGGCAGCAAGCUUUGGCUUGCUUGGGUUCGAUUUAAGCGGUGCUUCUUACCCAAGUUUUGAGGAAGCGCUGGGGGGAACCCAGCUUCAUCCUUAGUUCGCAGUUUUCUUGCUCCCUUCAUUCCACUGUUAUGCCUUUCCUGUCUUACCCUGACUUCCUUUUCCCUUUUUCUAUUCAUUCACCUUGCUUGCUGGCCUUGCCUGCCUGUCUGCCUAUUUGAUGAUGAAUUCUCUGCAUGGCUACAAUGAUCCCAUUGUUAACUGGCAAGGUCAGACUUAGCUCCUUGGGUACAGAAGAUCAAAAACCUGUUGUUCAAGCCCAGUGGUGUCCUCCUUGAGCUGGCCUGCCCCUUGGGCUUUACAACAGGGCAAAGCAGCAGGUCUGUCCAACUGACAUAUAAACAGGAGGGCUUCUGGCACCUUCCACACUUAUCCACUCCUUGAGACUGGUGUCUCCUUAUUGCUUUUUCUAGAUAUGGUUCCUUUUCUUUCUCGUUGGGGACUUCCUUUUCUGAAGACAUUUUAGGGUUGAGGUACUUAGACAUCCAGGGUUGGGGGCUUAGAGGAUGGGAGUGUAUAAAGAAGAGAGUGAAGAGAAGUGAAAAGAGAAUUUGGAUCCUUCUUCCAGGCCAGCCUGACCCAUUGGUGAUUGAGGUGCUAUUGCUGGUCUCUAGGGAUAAGCCUGGGGCUGUUGUUGCAGGAAACUUGGGCUUAGAAUACAGCUGGGGAAUAAGGUACCUAAAAUUCUGAUACCUCCCUAAAAAGCUCCUGGUUCCCACCUACUAGAUAAUUCUUCUGUGGCCUCCUCUUUGCUUAAGCAACAAUGUUCUUGGAUAGUUUUCUUUUUCUGUUGAGAAUUCUGUGAAUGAGGCCAGCACCCAAGAUAACAGUCAAGGGGACACUGAUUUCAUAGCUGGCCCAUGAUGUAUCUACAAAGUUAGUGGGACAUUGUUAUGGACUUGGCAUCAUAUGUAACAAAGAAGGAUAGAAGUUCCUUCCCCAUCAGGGUAGAAAGCAUCUCAAUCUAGCCAAAAGGCAGUUUUGUAAACUGCAUCGGGGGAAGUUAUUUUUAUUUAUUUACUAGGCCUAGGUCAAUCCAGGAUGGUAGCUGGGAUGCCUUCCUUCUUAAAAGUCUGGUCAUGGAAGGGAUAUGCAGGGCACUCUUUCCUAUUUGGCCUUUUAAGCUGACUGGGGAGAAGGGAUUCUCUGGUUUUCUCUUCCCCUCCCCCCCUCAUAUUAGGACUUGCCUUCUCCCUGGGCAGGGAGAGAGGCCGGGUUGGUGCUGUCCCCUUACUCUACUCCUACUGACUUAAAACCUCUGGCUGCUGCUUGGGAGCUCAAGAAAAGGAGUGGAGGGAAUGGGCUAAAAAACAAAACAAAAACAGAAUGGAGAUGGGGGAGGCAGAUUUCCUUCUUUUAAACAGGAAAAUAAGAAACCCUCCAAGGAUUGUGCAAGUAAAGAAAAUGUGUCAAAUGCACUGAGUCCCCUGGUGUAGUAGCAAUAAGGAAAAAUGAAAUUACUUUCCUGUGCACACGGGCCAACCUGAUAGGUGUGUGAUGCACUUAGCAACCAUGUGGAGGGCAUGUGUGACUACUCUGGGUUUUGUUUUAGUUUUAAACUUUUUAUGCCUCUCAAGUCCAGCAUGGAUGGGGAGAUGCCCCUGGAGCCCCACAGCUGUGUACUUGUUUGCAUCUGUUUCCCUUUGAGACUUGUAUUUGUGUUCUGCUUUGAGCUGUACCUUGUCCAGUCCAUUGUGAAAUUACCCCAGCAGCUGUAAUGUACAGUUCCUUCUGAAGCAAGCAAGAGCAGCAGCACAAUUCCAAUUCUGUGUUUUAUAAAGACAACAGUGGCUUCUAUUUCUAAA